AUGGCCGACACCACGACGAAGCAGAGCCCACAGACCUAUGUCGGGACGAGCAAGGUCGUCCAGACGGACUAUCCGCUCAUCGACAACGACCCUCACUUCAAGCGCGUUGUUGGCUAUGCCCGGACCUCCGACUACGUCGCCGGCGCGACCGCCGCGGCUUUCGCCCCCGGUGCGCUGUACGCUCUCGAGAGGUUUGCGCCCUCGUACGUCGGCAAGGGUGGCUUCGCCAAGGCCAUGCGGUUAGCCGGCUUUGUCGGCCUCGCCGGCGGCUUCCUCUACUUCUACCAGCGCUCCGCCCUGCGGUUCUACGGUGCGACGGAGAACGCUCGCGAGCGUGAGAUGGACAUGCGGGAGAUGGUGUCCAAGGUCAAGGCGGGUCAGCCCCUGUACGGCGAGAGCCGGUUGAGCCCGUAUCUGCAGGGCGUCGCCGCCCGACAGAGCCGGUACUCGGCGCUGUUCUUCAGCACGGUGCCGUGGUUCAACUUUGUCAACCACGACCAGCACGGCGUGGACACGGCCAAGUACUACCAGCAGGCCGAGAGGGAACUGGAGGCGGAGCGGGCGGGCAAGGCAUAG